AUUUGUCUUUCCAUAUAUUUUAAAGUACUCCAUGAGUUUUAUUCUACACAAACUACUGCUUGCUUUGUGGUUGUGCUGGAGUUCUGCUGUUCAUGUUCACCCAGCAGAUGAAAGUUUAAAGCCCGGUGAUACAUUUAAAUUUUCUUCACCGUCACUAUAUUCCAAGAAUCGCAGAUAUUUUAUUGAAUUUUAUCCGGUUGGAAUUCCGGGUGAAAUCGAAGAUUUUACUUAUUUGGCAGUCUUCAGUGAAAUCGAAGAUAUUGUAGUCUGGGAGGGUAACAGAGAACAACCUGUCGGCCAGAGGGAUGUAGUUCUAUCCCUAAACUUCUCUGGCGUGCUGAAAAUAGAAUCUCGACGUGUCAAGAAACCAAUUAUUCUCUAUUCUCCUCCUCAACCUAUCAACAACACUGUGGCCACUUUGCUGGAUUCAGGCAACUUUGUACUUCAACAACUUCACCCCAAUGGCACAAACAUUCUUCUGUGGCAGAGUUUUGAUUAUCCCAAUGACACUUUGAUCCCCACCAUGAAGUUAGGGGUUAAUCACAAAACAAGGCAUCAUUGGUCACUUGUUUCAAAGUUGACCGAUUCGCAUGCGACUGCAGGUGCCUUUAGUCUUGAAUGGGAACCCAAGGAACAAGAACUGAUCAUAAGAAGACGAGAAAAAAUUUGUUGGAAAAGUGGGAAAAUGAAGAACAAUAGAUUUGAGAACAUUCCAGAAGAUGCACAACAUGUGUUGAAGUACAACAUAGUAUCUAAUGGGGAAGAAGACUCAUUCUCUUUCACAUCUACAAAUGAAAACCUUAUAAGUCGGUGGACCCUAUCGUAUAGUGGGCGGUUAGUUUACAAGAACGGAUAUGUUGCAAGGGCUGAUCUGUGUUUUGGAUAUAAUAACACAGGAGGGUGCCAAAGAUGGCAGCAUAUGCCUAAAUGCAGGAGUACUGGUGAAGUGUUCACCAAAAAGAGUCUUCGCUCUAAUUACGAAAAUGUAACCUAUGACCAAAAUCAGAAUAUUAGUCACAGUGAUUGUGAGGCGGCUUGCUGGAGCGAUUGCGAUUGCAAUGGAUUCAAAGAAUUGUAUCUUGAUGGAACUGGAUGUAGAUUCUAUCGUUGGAAUUCAUCCAAAGAUAUUAUAGUUGACGGCAGUGUUUCGGGUGAAGACUUUUACAUACUGGAGAACCCAGGGAACAUAUAUACAGCAAAGACAACAUUUACCCCUCAUCAUCACGGUACAAAAAGGUGGAUAUGGAUAAGUACAGUGGCAGCCACUUUACUGAUAAUAUGCACCUCCAUGCUAUUCCUAGCCAUAAAGAAACGAAAACAUGUGCUUCAAGAGAAGAAACGAAAAGAAAUGGCGAUGAAAUUAUCUCAAAUCGAAGAUUUUGAGAAUGAUUUGAAAAAGGGACAUGGAUUGAAAGUAUUGGAUUAUGCAUUGGUUUUGGCGGCCGCAAAUUGGUUUUCAUCGGAAAAUAAGUUAGGACAGGGAGGUUUUGGACCCGUUUAUAAGGGAACUUUGCCAACAGGAGAGGAGGUUGCUAUAAAAAGACUUUCAAAAAGUUCAACACAGGGAAUUGUGGAAUUUAAAAACGAAGUAACACUUAUAAGUGAACUUCAGCACAUGAAUCUUGUUCAACUACUAGGUUGCUGCAUUCAUGAAGAAGAGAAGAUUCUAAUUUACGAGUAUAUGCCUAACAAAAGCUUGGAUUUCUAUCUUUUCGAUUGUACAAGAAGCAAAUUACUAAAUUGGAAUAAACGCUUCAACAUAAUACAAGGAAUUGCUCAAGGAUUAUUGUAUCUUCACAAAUACUCAAGACUCAAAGUCAUUCAUAGAGACUUGAAAGCUAGUAACAUACUUCUCGACGAGAACAUGAAUCCAAAAAUUUCAGAUUUUGGAAUGGCUAGAAUGUUUACCGAACAAGAAUCCGUGUCAAAUACGAACAGGGUUGUUGGGACAUAUGGUUAUAUGUCUCCAGAAUAUGCUAUGGAAGGAGUUUUUUCUACAAAGUCUGAUGUCUACAGCUUUGGAGUAUUGUUGCUUGAAAUAGUUAGUGGGCGAAAAAACACUAGUUUUUAUGAUGAUGACCACCCAAUAAAUCUAAUAGGACAUGUAUGGGAAUUAUGGAAAGAUGACAAGUGUUUUGAAUCAGUAGAUCCAUCAUUAGAGGAUACAUUUGUAUAUGAUGAAGCGCAGAGGUGUAUUCAUGUUGGUCUCCUAUGUGUUGAACAAUAUGCAAAUGAUCGACCAACAAUGUCUGACGUUAUAUCAAUGUUGACAAACAAGAGUGAAAUAGUGUCUUCACCUAAAAGACCAGCAUUCUAUGUUCAACGAGAGAUGCUUAACGAAAAUUUAUCUUCUGCGGGGUUGUGUACUGGUUCCACAGUAGAAAUUACUACUUCCUUGGAAAUAGAAUAAUGUUAGUGAGUUAUAUACUAAUUUAAAAAAAUUAGAAAUUAACUUUUGCUUUUCCUUUUUUAUUUGC